AUGGGGGAGACAGAUGGAUCGGGUCAAGGCCCUGAAGGGACAGAGUCUCCCACCACCAAGGGCCGCCCCAAGCUGAGCGUGCUCCCCCUGGUCGCUUUGAUCUUCUAUGAUGUGUCCGGCGGUCCGUUCGGCAUCGAGGACUCGGUCCGCACCGGGGGAGGACCCCUCCUGGCUCUCCUUGGGUUCCUCCUUUUCCCUCUCAUUUGGAGUAUUCCCGAAGCUCUCAUCACCGCGGAGCUCGCCACUUGCUUUCCUGAGAACGGCGGCUAUGUCCUUUGGAUAUCCUCCGCCUUCGGCCCCUUCUGGGGAUUCCAGGAAGGGCUCUGGAAAUGGUGCUCCGGUGCCAUAGACAACGCUCUUUAUCCCGUCCUCUUCCUCGACUACCUAAAACAUUCCGUCCCAGCCCUCGAACACCCUUCCUACCGUGUCCCCGCCCUGCUCGCUGUCACCAUCGCCCUCACCUAUCUCAAUUACCGGGGUCUCCACAUUGUGGGCUUCUCCGCUGUUGCCCUGGCGGCUUUCUCUCUUCUCCCGUUCGUCGCCAUGACUAUACUUGCAAUUCCCAAGCUGCAGCCCCGGCGGUGGUUAGUGGUGGAUCUUCGGAAGGUGCAGUGGAAGGGCUACUUCAACAACAUGUUCUGGAACCUGAAUUACUGGGACAAGGCGAGCACGUUGGCUGGAGAGGUGGAAGAUCCCAGCCGUACCUUCCCUAGGGCCAUAUAUGGGGCCGUUGCCCUGGUGGUGGCCAGUUACCUUGUUCCCUUAAUGGCGGGGACGGGUGCUCUGGAUCGCUCGAAGACGGAAGAGUGGAGCGACGGGUACUUCGCACAGGUGGGGUUACUUAUUGGCGGCGUGUGGCUAAAGUUGUGGAUCCAGGCGGCGGCCGGGAUGUCAAACAUGGGGCUGUUUGAAGCCGAGAUGACCAGUGACGCUUUUCAGUUGCUUGGAAUGAGUGAAAUAGGAAUGCUCCCAGCAAUAUUCGCUAAUAGGUAUUGAUUUCUUUCACUGGGACAUCAAUCAUCCAAAGCUGUGACCUUGUAACUAACACUGUCAUUUCCUAUGCUUUCGUAGGUAAUAUAGGUAAAAUUGUCGGCCAUUAUCUCCGUAGGAUUGUCCCUGGUGCCUAGAUCAAGGCAUAAUCUUAUUUCUCUCAUAAUUUCUUGUUAAUGAACUCUGGCUCUGUGGAUUAGAAUGAGGAGAACGUAUUUACAAAAACUUUAUCGUAAUGUUUCCAAUUGGCAUCAUUUAACCUCUAGUCACAGCACCUGGAUGAAUUGGGAAUGCCUUUAUAAACCUUGAUUCAUCCGAUUUCUCAUUGUACCCAACAUGUUUCUUUUUCUCGUUAAGAAAGUGGGCAAGGAUUCUUACAGUUCUUUGUUGUUCAUGUUGACAUUUUAGAUCGAAGUAUGGAACGCCGACGAUCAGCAUUUUGUGCUCUGCAACUGGGGUCUUACUCUUGUCGUGGCUGAGCUUCCAGCAGAUCAUAGAAUUUCUUAAUUUCUUGUAUGCUCUUGGGAUGCUGCUGGAAUUUGCAGCCUUCGUAAGACUCAGGAUCAAGAAGCCAGAUCUUCACAGACCUUACAGGAUUCCUCUGGGUACUUUUGGGGUCACGGUUUUUUGUCUGCCCCCUUCUCUUCUGAUUGUUCUAGUGAUGUCCCUUGCCUCAGCUAGAACAUUUAUCGUGAGUGGAAUUGUCAUCCUAUUUGGAUUCCUUCUAUACCCUGGAAUCGAAUAUGCGAAAGAGAGGAGAUGGGCUGUUUUUUAUUCUACACCCAUGAGCUCCGGUGGCUACUCUGACACUAUUCCAGUUAUAUCUCAGCAAGAUGAGCAUGUCGUCGAUGAAGCCUCAAAGAGCCUCUUAAAGGAUGCUGCUCAAGGAUCAUCAGAUGGGGUGUUUAAAUCCGCCUAA